AUGAAGUUCCUAACACUACUUGUGUCACUCCUCGUGACCCAGGCGCUCAGCUUCCCUUCUAUGGAAAGGAAGCCCUUUGCAGGAAUUAGAGCCCCCAAGAAAGGAGACCACGAGCCUUCAGGGAACCGUGGGAAUUGUUCUAUGAAGAUACGGCAUCGGAGUGUCUUAUACGUGACCAACUGGAGCAUCUAUGGUGCAGGUUACAACCCGGACAACAUCCCAAUCGACAGUGUAACCCAUAUCCUGUAUGCUUUCGCUGAUGUCAAGCCUAAUGGAACUGUCGUUUCUUCCGAUCCCUGGGCGGACACGGGGAAGCUCUUUGCCAAGGAUAAACCCAAUGAGCCAGGCCAUAAUGCCUACGGUCUAGUAAAGCAGCUGUACCUGAAGAAGAUGGCAAACAGACAAAUGAAGGUUAUCCUAUCUAUUGGAGGCUACAACGGAUCACCAAAGCUCACGCCUAUCCUCGCGAACCAAAAGCUCAGGCUCAACUUUGUCUCCUCGGCUAUUAAACUUGUCGCCGAUCACGGCUUGGAUGGACUCGAUGUGGACUACGAAUACCCGAACAGCACUGCGGCGAGCAACAACACUGUAAAGCUUCUCUCUGAGCUCCGUGCUGGAUUGGAUAUGUAUUCAGCAAAGUAUGCCAAUGGGUAUCACUUCACAUUGGGCUUCGCAGCACCUGCCGGACCUAAGAACUACGCCGCCUUGGACUUUAAGGGAAUGGACAAGUCGCUUGACUUCUGGUCAUUGAUGGCCUUCGAUUUCGCAGGUCCAUGGGAAAACACUACUGGCCACCAGUCAAACGUAUAUCCAAGUAAGAAGAACCCACUCAGUACAAGAGCGAGCAUCGAUAAGGCCGUCAAAGACUAUACCAUGGCUGGUGUCCCAUCUUACAAGAUUAACCUUGGUAUGCCUCUUUAUGGACGUGCCUUCAGCGGCACCAAGGGUCUCGGCAAGCCUUAUCGUGGCUUGCCUAACGGUACCCUUGGUCAGGCCGGCAUAUGGACCUACAAGGACCUCCCACGCCCAGGAGCCAAAGUCAUGUGGGACAAUGUGGCUAAAGCAACGUACUCAUAUGAUAAUGUCACACAACAACUCGUUUCUUACGAUGACCUAAAAAGCGCUCUAUACAAGCAGGAAUACAUCAAAAAGAAGAAGCUGGGCGGCGCCAUGUACUGGGAGGCUUCAGGAGACAAGAUAGGGAAAGAGAGUAUCGUCCGAAACACGGCUAUAUGGAUGGCAUCACUCGACCGGUCAAGAAAUUUACUCUCAUACCCUGUGUCUCAAUACGACAAUAUCCGUAACAACAUGCGACCUCUAAACUCUACACGUAACUCAACUUCGCCAUCUGGAGGCAAGCAAUGCCCCUCACAUCCAGUGCGACUUGGAAAUAAUUGA